CACUAACCCUUCUCCACUUCCUAAAAGUAAUACUUCCGGUAUCAAAGGUCAUUUCCGCUCUCGUUGUGCCAUCAAAUCUAAACCGUGAACCACGAGAAAAAUCUUUACUUACUUCAAGGACACGGUGAAGGAAUUAUGUCUCAUACGAUCCUGUUGGUUCAGCCAACCAAGAGGCCAGAGGGACGGACAUACGCUGACUACGAAUCAGUCAACGAGGGCAUGGAAGGUGUGUGUAAGAUGUACGAGGAACACCUAAAGAGAAUGAACCCAAACACACCGUCCAUCACGUAUGACAUCAGUCAGCUGUUUGACUUCAUCCAUGACCUGGCUGACCUCAGUUGCUUGGUGUACCGUGCGGACUCACAGACGUACCAGCCGUACAACAAGGACUGGAUCAAGGAGAAGAUUUACGUGCUGCUGCGGCGCCAGGCCCAACAGGCUGGGAAAUGAGACUAAAGCCCAGUUUCAGAAUUACUACAUUGCAGACGCCUGAUCUCACAACAACCUGGAUAGGUGUUUAACAUGUCUGCUAAGCACAUCUUAUGAGAGAGCAAUCCGUUGCCCAACCAUUGGGUGGAUGCAACAUCUGCAAUGUAGGCUGUCUGGAACGUGACCGAUCUAUGACAUCAGAGGUUAUUACGAUGGGGUCAGGGUUUUUUUUUGGGGGGGCGUGUUGUGUAGGGUGAAUUUGCCCCAAGAUGCUUGGGUCAGUUUUUUGCGUUUUCCCUACUAAUGGUUUAUUUUUGGAGUGGGGAAACUGAUCUUAGAUCUGUACAUAGGGGAACCUUCACUCUGGAGCGUUUGGAAAGGAAAGGUUGAAUGAUGCUAUGAAUCAGGAUAUUUUAGUUUUAACGGAGAAGUUUUCUAGCGGGAGGGGGGGUAAGGCAGCUUACAUUUUGUUAAAAAUGUUUGUAUUUAAAGAAAAUUCCCCCUAUUUUAAAAAUGGCUUUUUGUCUUUUACUUUCAAAUAAUAAAAAAAAAGAUUAUUUGUUACUGUU